CUCCGAAAAGCGCCGCAAAUCUGUCUCUGCACGCCGCCCAUGGCUGCCGCGGGAGACGAGCAGCUGCUGCUCCACCUCAAACUCGCCAUCCUCGCCCUGGAGCCCCCCGCCUGCGUCCUCACCCUCGCCAGAAAAGCUGGUGGAGGUUCUGUCACGCCGCACGUUCAAAAUUUUAUUCUGGAGAACUGUAUUGGAACUAAUGUAGGGAAAAGUCCAAAUUAUGCCUAUGUAGAAACUAUACUUAAAAAGGUUAUUUCCGAGGCUGAAUUAUCGUCAGAUAUUGUGAUUGAUGAACUCUAUGAGGAAUUGGGCCAGUGUAUGUUGUCAAAAGCAAACAACUCCUCGCUGAAUAUGGAUAACAAGAUCUAUAAGGAUAUAUCCUUUGUUUCGCCUACAUGUGACAAUGUUUCCUCGAAUCCAGUAAGUUUGGUUGCUCGAUUAUCAUGCUCCACUAACAUGCUUGAAGGUGAUACAGGGUGUUGUCUUUGGCCCUCAAGUUUAUUUUUAUCUGAGUUCAUUCUUUCAUUCCCAGAACUUUUCUCCAAAAAAUCUUGCUUUGAGCUAGGUUCUGGUGUUGGUUUGGUUGGCGUAUGUCUUAACUACAUUGGUGCUUCCAAGGUUAUUCUUACUGAUGGUGAUGUAUCUACUCUAGCAAACAUGAAGGCGAACAUGGAAAUGAACAGCUUAUACAUAAAGGAUUCUCAACUAGUAAUAGAAAGCAAUAAUAAGGUAGAGUGCAAAUAUCUUUCCUGGGAAGAAGCGUCUGAUAAAGAUUUAUGGGGCUGCCAGAGAGAUAUAGUUCUUGGUGCAGACAUUAUAUACAAUCCGUCCUGUGUGCCUCACCUGGUACGGGUACUUUCUAUGCUACUUAGAGAAGACAAUAAGCAACGCACAAGUGUCAAAGCGGCAACCAGCAAAGAAACUAGUGAUGAAGUAUCUGAGAAGGGCGCAACUGGAGGCCGCAUUGCCUAUAUGGCCACAGUUAUUCGGAAUGUGGAUACUUUCAGUUGCUUUGCCAAGGCAGCUGCCGACGCCAAGUUGUCUAUCGUCAACAUUACUAGCACUGUGGCUCCCUCGAGUUUUCUUCCUUACAUGCUCUCAUAUGAUAGAUCGAGUGUCCAACUUCUUGAGAUUACAUUGUUAUCAUAAGAUACUCUCGGAGUAAUAUCAUUUAGCUUUAAUCGCAGUGACAUCAAUCUUAUUUGAACGUCAAAUGCAGUAUUGUGAUUGUUUC